AUGUAUGUAAGGUGCACGGCCGCUCUUAGGAUCGCGGCGCAUGCCAAGUUUGCCGGUCCUCGCCACAGAAAUCGAGGCCCCGUUUUUGUGUAUGCUCUAUGGAUGGUGAGGUCAAAAUCGCCUGCAGAUUGCGUUCUAGUCGACGGAUUCGUUUGCGAGCGCCGUGUUUCGGUAUUGCUCGAGGUGAUCCCGUCUACACCACGUGGGGGACAGUUGAAGUUCAAAAUGAGUCGGAGGUCGCAUGAAGGUCACCGAUGGCAGCUUAUUGAGAGUGACGUUUCAAUAGGAGCGGCCCGUGAGCUGGUAGGAGUGCUGUUUGCGCGGGAAAGUCAAAGGUCGCAUUCGGUGCCGCCCAUCGAGCAACGCGCGUUUCCCGCGUCGCCAAGCGUAAUGGCGGCCUUGUAUUGGCGCGUCGCAAAAGACGCCGAGCUG